UGGGCGGGGCUUGCUCGCGGUGGCUUGUGGCUCCUUCCUGCGCUGCUUCUCUCUUUCGCUGAGACCUGUGGCGCCGACAGGAUGGGCAAGUGUCGUGGACUUCGUACUGCUAGGAAGCUCCGUAGUCACCGACGAGACCAGAAGUGGCAUGAUAAACAGUAUAAAAAAGCUCAUUUGGGCACAGCCCUGAAGGCCAACCCUUUUGGAGGUGCUUCUCAUGCAAAAGGAAUCGUGCUGGAGAAAGUAGGAGUUGAAGCCAAACAGCCAAAUUCUGCCAUUAGGAAGUGUGUCAGGGUCCAGCUGAUCAAGAAUGGCAAGAAAAUCACAGCCUUUGUACCCAACGACGGUUGCUUGAACUUUAUUGAGGAAAACGAUGAAGUUCUGGUUGCUGGAUUUGGUCGCAAAGGUCAUGCUGUUGGUGAUAUUCCUGGAGUCCGCUUUAAGGUUGUCAAAGUAGCCAAUGUGUCUCUUUUGGCCCUAUACAAAGGCAAGAAGGAAAGACCAAGAUCAUAAAUUUUAAUGGUGAAAACACUGUAGUAAUAAAUUUUCAUAUGCCAAAAAA